GCAUGGAGCGGGAGCGAAAGCAGAGCCCCGCGGACGCGCGUCGCACGCUGGGUCGCCUGCUGCAGGCGGUGCUGGCGAGCCGCGCCGAGGCCAACUCCGUGUUCGACAUUCUGGCCGUGCUGCAGUCUGAGGACCAGGAGGAGAUCCAGGAAGCGGUCCGCACGUGCAGCCGAUUGUUUGGGGCCAUGCUGGAGCGGGGAGAGCUAUUCGUGGGCCAGCUGCCCUCUGAGGACGCGCUCAGGACAGGGUCCCGCGGAGCCACGCGUAAGUACAAGGUGUGGAUGAGACACCGCUAUAACAGCUGCUGUAACCGCCUGCAGGAGCUGCUGGCCCACCCGUCCUUCCAGGUCAAGGAACUGGCCCUCAGGACACUCAUGAAGUUUGUACAGCUGGAAGGAGCACAGCCCCUGGAGAAGGCCCAGUGGGAAGGCCACUACCUGUUCCCCCACACUCUUUUCAAGGCAGUGGUAGGAGGUCUGCUCUCACCUGAAGAGGACCACAGCCUGCUCAUCUCCCAGUUCUGCCAGUACAUGGAGUAUGAUGAUAUUCGCUACCACACGAUGCAGGCAGCCACGAGCACCACGGCCCGGAUCACCAAACAGCAGACUGAGGUGCCCAUCAUCUUCUGGAACAAUGCCUUCGCGCUGCUGUCUGCUGUGAGCUUGCCCCAUCAGGAGUGCAGUGUCACCAGCUUCUAUGUGAAGCAUGCAGAGCUGUCAGACAAGUGGAAGGUCACUCAUCUGAAGGAACACAGGAAGGCAUUCCAGGAGAUGUGGCUCGGCUUCCUCAAGCACAAGCUGCCCCUCAGCCUUUAUAAGAAGGUGCUCGUGGCCAUGCACGACUCCAUCCUGCCCCACCUGGCGCAGCCUACCCUCAUGAUUGACUUCCUAACCAGCGCCUGUGAUGUGGGUGGCGCCAUCAGCCUCCUGGCCUUGAAUGGACUUUUCAUCCUGAUCCAUAAACACAACCUAGAAUACCCUGAUUUCUACCAGAAACUUUAUGGCCUCUUGGACCCGUCCAUCUUCCACGUCAAGUAUCGGGCCCGUUUCUUCCACCUAGCUGACCUCUUCUUGUCAUCCUCCCACCUCCCUGCCUACCUUGUGGCCGCCUUUGCCAAACGCCUGGCCCGCUUGGCCCUGACGGCGCCUCCCGAGGCUCUGCUCAUGGCCCUGCCCUUCAUCUGUAACCUGCUUCGUAGACAUCCCGCCUGCCGCAUCCUGGUGCACCGUCCCCAGGGCCCUGAGCUGGACGCUGACCCCUACAACCCCGACGAGGUGGACCCGGCCAGGAGCCAUGCCCUGGAGAGCUGCCUGUGGGAGCUGCAGACACUCCAACAGCAUUACCACCCUGAGGUGUCUAAAGCUGCCAGUGUCAUCAACCAGGUGUUGUCUGUCCCUGAGACCAGCAUCGCCCCGCUCCUGGAGCUCACUGCCUACGAAAUCUUUGAGCGGGACCUGAAGAAGAAAGGGUCAGAGCCAGUGCCUCUGGAGUUCAUCCCAGCCCGAGGCCUACUUGGCCGGCAGAACGACCUCUGUGCCCAGUUCUUUACACUCAGCUGACCCUGGCCACCUUGUUCCCACCCAAAUAAAUGAUU